GCGGUGCAUUCUGGUCGAGUCCAGCGGCGACAAAAUGGCGGCGCCCUUCCGCCGGGGGCUGCAGUGGUUGAGUAUCCCGGCUUCCCUUGCUUUUUCUCGGGGCUUUUCUGCCUCUUCGGGGCCGGCCUCGAAAUGGCGGCUGUUCGGGGCGCUUUGCCUGCAGAGGCUGCCCAGAGUGACGCAGGCGAUGAGCCCCAAGGAGAAAGAGAUGGCCGAGAUGCUGCAGCAGAUUGAGGUGGAGAAAAGCCUGUAUUCUGACCAUGAGAUCCGCUGUUUGGCAGAGGAAGAGCGUCUGAGGAGAAGACAAGACAAGUAUGAUGAUGAUGAUGACGACACUGGGAAAGAGAUUGUACUGGCCCAAGAUCUAGAAGACGCGUGGGAACAGAAAUUGCGGAAGUUUAACCCUGCCCCACGCAUAACAGAUGCUGACAAAAACAAUGAUCGGACGUCUUUAAGAAGGAAACUGGACCACAGCCUGCUACUGCUGGUUAAGCAAAAGCUUGGUGACCAAGAGAUCUGGCUGUUACCCCAAACAGAGUGGAAAGAUGGGGAGACAUUGCGAGCCACAGCAGAACGGGCCUUGCUUAAUUUCUCAGGAAGCUCAACGGGGGCCAAGUUCCUAGGGAAUGCGCCAUGUGGUGUUUACAAAUACAAGUUUCCCAGGACAGCACGAACAGAAGACAGCAUGGGGGCCAAGGUGUUCUUCUUCAAAGCCUUCCUGCAGGACAGCAAUCUGCCCUUGGCCAAGGACAAAAUGGACUAUGUAUGGGUCAGCAAAGGGGAGCUGGUAGAUUAUUUGAGACCUGAAUACCACUCCCAGGUUUCCCGCUUCUUAGUGGACUUAUGAUUACCCGGACUGUGACCCAUCCCAGUGUGAAGAGUGCAAGAAAGAGUCUUGCAUAGCAGAAGGUAUCACUGAGUAUGUUUUUUAUGCAUUUGUGGAGAAAACAUUUUUGAAUCAGGACCUUAUGUGCUUAAUAAAGAGUUUAAGAAGUGAUAAAUCUGUCCUUUGCUUAAA